UCUUUUGGUAUGGAUUAUCUUAAGACCUUAAAGGCUGGAUUACAGAAUCACUUUAAUCUCAAAAGACAUAAUCUCAAAAGACAUAGUCUUCAACGGAUCUAGGCAGAUGUUGGCCUGUGGUUCUGAUCUUGUACUUGGCUGGUGCAGUGAUGCCAUUCUGGGCCCUAGGGUAACCUCCAAGGGGUUUUCCUGUUGUUCUGUUGUAGCAAUGCCACUGCCCUUCCUUAGGAGCCCCCUAGACUCCCCUGCACACUUUCCCUCCCCCUCUCCUCCUUUCAUUGGCUUAUCUUCAUUUUCCUCUCUAGAUCACUCUUUCUCUCAGGGCCACUUUUUCUGUCUCUGUGAUUUUUUUCUUGGCCUCUCUUUUCCAUGCUCUGUCUUGUGUCUUUCUAUCCUCUUUUCUCUGCUUCUCUUCUUCUGUCCCAUUCCUCUUCUCUCCUUCAAUAAAUACGUUGGGUAUUCCAAAUACAUCUUAAAAGAGAGUAUUGACCCCUUUCUUGCUGCUUGCUGUGCCGGCCGCGCGCUCCCGUGCGCCCCCCCGGAGCCAUGCCACGCAAAAUCGAGGAAAUCAAGGACUUUUUGCUCAUGGCCAGGCGAAAGGACGCCAAAUCCGUCAAGAUCAAGAAAAAUAAGGAUAAUGUGAAGUUUAAAGUUCGGUGCAGCAGAUACCUUUACACCUUGGUCAUCAUGGACAAGGAGAAGGCAGAGAAACUGAAGCAGUCCUUGCCCCCAGGUUUGGCAGUGAAGGAGCUGAAGUGAACCUGGCCCGCUGAUUUGAACUGUAUUAAAGUUUUAAAAAUUCUAAAAAAAAAAAAAAAAGAGAGAGAGUAUUGAAUUGUUUUAUAUUCUGUCCUUAAAAUAAAAAUUAGUUGGGCGUUUUAUUUGUUUUCUCUCUUUCUCCCAGGCAGAGUAAAAGCCCAUACAAUGCAAAUAAAUUAAUUUAAGGUGUUUGUUAAAUUUAGUGUGGUGACAUAAAUCAUCAAUAAUUCCCCCCCCCUUUUUUUUAUGGAACAAGAACGCUUAUUUACUCAGCAUUGGGAAAAGAGGUCUUCUCUCUGAUUUAACAGAAAGGAACAAUGUGAAGAUGUAAAUUUUGAUUAGACAAGAUUAUUUUUACCAUCUUGAAAAAUCAUUUUAAACUAUUUUUGUGAUAAGAGGUAGUGAAGAGAGAGGGAAAAACAAGAGAAAAUGAUGUGGACAAAAGUCAGAGGUCAUUAGAGAAAGUAAAUAUUAAUUUCCUACUUUUUCUGCUUGAGUCUAAAUGAUAAACACCAGAUAUUUACCCCUUUCUCGUAUUGGAGAAACACUAUUUUUAUUGCUUCCCCCAGAUAACCUUUCUGUGAAUUAUUUUUGUAUAUCAGUGUUCUGUGAUGAAUGGGAAUCUGUGUAUUUGUUUUUUAUAAUUUUUAAUGCGUUAAAUCUUUCAUUUUUACAUUUGUGUUCUUAAUAAUACUUAAGAAAACACAAAUAAAUAAAGAGGGAAGAUUAAAAAUCACUCAGAAUUUCACCAUCCAUUACAUCUGGUCUUUUCCCUGUGAACAGAUAUUUCCUUUUUUGUUUAUAAGUA